AUGGGGAGGUUGAGCGGAAGUCGAUGUACAUGGCGAGAGACACCAGGCACAUGUGUCCUGGAAUCAGAGUUUGGUUUCACACUUAACUGUGCCUUCAAAAAAUCCGGUCUCUUUCGGGUCCGAAAUCUCGGGGGAGUCAAGGGCUACGUCGGCCUCGGGCUCAGUGUUGGUGAUGAACUCGGAUUUCGAGAAUCAUUGUCGAACCUAGAAUCGAGUAAGAGAAGGAGUGUGCAAACUGGGCAAGCAAAUUUCAUUGGAAUAACAAAUGGGGGCUCCCAAAAUAGUGAUCCUCGGCAAGGCCUCCAAGGCACUCGAGCUGUCCCACCUUUCAAACCUCUACCACCAGGAGCAUCGCGGCCAAUGGCCCCGCAGCCUGAGCACCAGAGAUUGGUCGUGCAACAAAACUCGACGGCCUUGAAAACUAUUCCAGCACCUUCACUAGCUGCGUUACAAGACGCGGCUAUGCGCCAGCACCAAGUCCAAUUACAACAACAAAAAACUAUAAUGCAACAACAGAAAAUUCUACAGGAGAUGAAUCUGCGUCAGCAGCAGAAAGCGCAUCAGGACGCACUGGCUGUGCAAAUUCUUAAGGAGCAGAAGCAGCAACAGGCAGUUGCUAACAAGCAAAAAUUGGUAGAGCAGCAACAAAUGUUGAAUUUACAGACCAAACGGAUACAGAUACCUCACGGCACAGUUUCAAUAACCAAUUCUCCAGUGUAUACCCCAGCAAUGAACAACAUUGCAACUGGUAUUUCGCUGUCAGAUGCUACUGCUAUUGGAAAAAUUACCAAAGUGCAGCCAAUAGCUGGCGUUCUAAUUAAAGACACGAAUUUACCUGCAUUUGUUACGAUGCCACCAAUGUCAUCAGCUCAACUCACCAAUCGCCUCAGUAAUAGUCACACUUUGCUGGUGGAUUCUGUCAAUGAGGUUCCUAAAGAUGACAUUAUCCAGCUUCCCCUUCCCAGUGAAGAAAUGGCUGCAUCUGUUAAUGAAAUGACUCUACAAUCGUUGAACCCCAAUGGUUCCCCAGAGAAUCCCCAAUUCCUGAAGCAACAGAACGAGAAACGCCAGACUGUUCCACAACAGUCUUGGCCGUCCUUGGGACCAAUUCACGAGAUGGGAACAUCUCUGAAAGCGUUGGCGGAGGCUAGUAACAUUACCCUCGAAGCCCUGGAAGCUGCCAUUCUACUGAGACAGAAGCAAUUGAUGGAGAAACAUCAAGGGCCGACCACUACAUCCACCACCACUACCACACAAUCACCGAUGAAGAACAAUUAUAACAACGCUGGAACCACAAAAGUCAUGAACGCUCCUCGGGAGUACUACCCGAUGGGUUACGAUAAGAACUUUGACGACAAUUUCGCUAGUCGAGUUGAUCUUCCAGAUACAAGUUUCUAUUGUGGGGAUCAGAAACAUUUCCCAGGUCUCUAUGCCGAUGAGGAUUUAGGCUGCAUGGUCUUCCACGUGUGCGCUUUAACUGACGACGGCCUAAUAAUGAAGAGUUUCCUUUGCCCAGAGUCAACUCUAUUCGACCAAACGAUUCUUAAAUGCAACUGGUGGUUCUAUGUUGAGUGCAAAAACUCUAAGAGCUUGUACGACAGCAAUAUCCCCAUCAGCAAAAGCUAUCAACUCAUGAAAGCGCUCGCUUUCUUCUCAGCUUACAAAAACCAUGACAACGCAACUUCUCGAGCCGAUAAAAGCGGCUCGUGAAUUAAUUAAGCAAUCGUAGCUCUCACCAAAAUGUAUUUUAUCAGUCUUAAUUCAUGCUCAAGUAUCUAAGGGUUAAUACUUACAUAGAGGCAGAUGGGAUUCCGAAUCUUUGAUCGGAACAUUAUAAGUAAAAUUAGAGAGUGGUGGUCAAAUUACGAAUAAUUCUGGAAACAAGUGGGUAUAGGAUUGGAAUCUUCUAACUCUAUUCCAGAAAUUAUUUUGUAAAUAGAGUGAAUAGUCCAAUUAUGGAACACUCAAGGCUUUGGAGAUUCAGACAAUGGUUUGGAAAUGAACUAUUGUUUGAAAAAAUUGAAAAAAAAUAUUGAUCGAUUCCAAAUUCAGUAGGCUUCUGAAAAAAACGAAAAAAUACAUUAUGUAAUGAGAAAUAAUUUGGAAAAAUGAAAAAUUAUGUUCAAGUCCAAAAGACCUAUUACGGAACAUUAGAAUUUUGUGAGACGGUGAAAGGUUAGGAGCGCGAAGUAAUAAAGAUAUUUUUGUAGAAAAAUGUCAACAAGUUCAGAUUAUAAUUGAAAAUUCCAAUUGUUAUGCAAAGAAUAAAAUUUACUAGUGCACAAACGUAAAAAUGAGUAAUGUCGAUCACAUGAACAUAUAACUCGACUUUCUUCGUAUAUGAAUUCGUCAGAACAAUUUAACAAGGAAUAGAAACAUAAAUGUCAUUAUAUUUUUAACUUAUCAAUUAUUUAUAUGCUUUUGACUGAACCACUCAGCCAUGUGCCAAACGAAAACAUCAGUGUUCCGUCGAUUGGAAAUGCCAUGAAAACUCAACCCAAAUGGCGGAACACCCAUACAUUUAUAGAAAUAAGAACUUUCGGAUACAAUGAAUGCAAAUAUAUGAAGAAAUGAAGCUUUUAGGAUCAAUAUUAGUCUAGACUUACGCCAUUUGAUGAUUAUUAACACAAGUAACUUCGUUGGGUACAUUGGCGGUCACACUGUCACAUCUAACCAAUCACCUGGCGCAAAAUGGCUGAAAAUAACAGCUGGCAGGGUUUAUUUCCAUUAUUUAGCGAACAACAGCAGAUAGACCACCAAAUCUAUUCUCAUAUAGAUGGAAAUUAGACUUGAUUAAAAAAAAAAUCAAAUCCAUAGAAUAAGUAUUAUUCAAGUAUUCCGUUAAUUGGGGGGAGGGGGUUCCGCAAUUGGACUGUUCACUCUAUCCCGGGAAUUAGAGAGCUGGAAGAAAUUUUUUGUAACGAAUUCUAUCAACUAUAAAAGUUUUUCGAUAAAUUCCUAUGGGUAUUUCCCUUUUUUGAGGACUCGUUUUUUUUCCUCAAAUUUUUCGAAUUGUUAAUGCAAUUGGUUGAAUAAUUGAUGAUUAGACGCUGAGGCUCUUGCCUACUGCUUUAAGAUGUUUGUAUAUAUAAUUUAUUAUUUAAUAAUUAGAGGAUUUUAGCGAUUGUAAUUCUAGUUUUCGUACAGGGUUAUUAAGGUUUUGGUGAGUAUUCUCAUAAUAGUAACUGUUGAAUGGAUUAUUUUGCUACUACUGAUUAGGAUCAUGAAUUGUGUAAAUAAUUUGUACGGAAAUGUGAACGAAAAUGAUGUUUUUUCUACUUUUUUGUUUUAUUAAAAAUAAGCAUCGAAUAUCCAUAUAUAAUGAUUGGUAAUCAAUCGGAUAAAUUGAAUUGGAUAAAUUAUCAAUGAUA